CCCGCCGCCCCCCCUCCCCCCCCCCCGCCUCCCCUUCCCGCCCCGGCCGCACCAUGCGAAGCGCCCGGGCGCUGCUGCUCGCCCUCGCCCUGCGGGUCUGCGCGCUGGACACCGAGACGCCCGCCGCCGGCUGCACCUUCGAGGAGGACGGCGACCCAAACCAGUGCGAGUACAGCCAGGGUGAGGAUGAUGACUUCGGGUGGGAGCUUGUCCGCAGCUAUAUGAUGCCGCAUCUGACGGCUGACCUGCCUCACGGCUCCUACCUGAUGGUGAACUCCUCGCAGCACACCCCAGGCCAGAAAGCUCACCUGCUUUUCCAGGCGCUGAGCGAGAAUGACACCCACUGCCUCCAGUUCAGCUACUUCAUGUACAGCCGGGACGGCCACAGCCCUGGCACCCUCAGCGCCUACGUCCGGGUGACGGGGGGCCCGGUGGGCAGCGCCGUCUGGAACGCCUCCGGCUCCCACGGCCGCCAGUGGCACCAGGCAGAGUUGGCCGUCAGCUUGUUCUGGCCCAGCGAGUACCAGGUCCUCUUCGAGGCGGUGGUCUCCAGCGAGCGCAGGGGUUAUCUUGGCUUGGAUGACAUUUUACUCUUGAAUUAUCCAUGCUCGAAAGCACCUCAUUUCUCCCGCCUGGGUGAUGUGGAGGUCAACGCGGGACAGAAUGCCACCUUCCAGUGUGUGGCCGCUGGCAAGGCCGCCGAGGCCGAGCGGUUCCUCAUGCAGAGGCAGAGCGGCGAGGUGGUCCCCGCCGCCUCUGUGAAGCACAUCAGCCACCGGCGCUUCCUGGCCACCUUCCAGCUGGACGAGGUGUCCAAGGAGGAGCAGGACCUCUACCGCUGCGUCACCCAGUCCAGCCGCGGCUCGGGCGUCUCCAACUUCGCCGAGCUCAUCGUGAAAGAGCCCCCCACACCCAUCGCACCCCCCCAGCUGCUCCGGGCCGGUUCCACCUACCUCAUCAUCCAGCUCAACACCAACUCCAUCAUCGGCGACGGCCCCAUCGUGCGCAAGGAGAUCGAGUACCGCAUGACCUCGGGGCCCUGGUCGGAGGUCCACGCCGUCAACAUGCAGACCUACAAGCUCUGGCACUUGGAUCCGGACACGGAGUACGAGAUCAGCGUCCUGCUCACCCGGCCCGGUGAGGGGGGCACCGGCAAACCAGGGCCGCCCCUCAUCAGCCGCACCAAGUGCGCAGAGCCCAUGCGGGCCCCCAAAGGCCUGGCUUUCUCUGAAAUCCAGUCCAGACAGCUGACAUUGCAGUGGGAGCCGCUGGGUUAUAACCUGACUCGCUGUCACACCUACACCGUCUCACUCUGCUACCGCUAUUUUGUGGGCACUGGCCACAACCAAACCUUCCGGGAGUGCGUGAAGAUGGAGCGUAACACCAACCGCUACACCAUCAAAAACCUGCUGCCCUACAAGAACAUCCACGUCAAGCUCAUCCUCUCCAACCCCGAGGGUCGCAAGGAAGGCAAGGAGGUGAUAUUCCAGACGGAUGAGGAUGUGCCCGGCGGCAUCGCCUCAGAGUCCCUCACCUUCACUCCGCUGGAGGACAUGAUAUUUCUGAAGUGGGAGGAACCGGUGGAGCCCAACGGCCUCAUCACGCAGUACGAGAUCAGCUACCAGAGCAUCGAGUCCUCUGACCCAGCGGUCAACGUGCCGGGCCCGCGGCGCACCGUCUCCAAACUACGCAACGAGACCUACCACGUCUUCUCCAACCUCCACCCCGGCACCACCUACCUCUUCUCGGUCCGGGCCCGCACCGGCAAGGGUUUUGGCCAGACGGCACUCACUGAGAUCACCACCAACAUCUCCGCUCCUACCUUCGACUACGGGGACAUGCCGUCGCCGCUGAGCGAGUCGGAGAGCACCAUCACGGUGCUGCUGCGGCCGGCGCAGGGCAGAGGGGCUCCCAUCAGCACCUACCAGGUCAUUGUAGAAGAAGACCGGCCCAAGAAGCUCAAGCGGGAGCUGGGUGGGCAGGAGUGCUUCCCGGUGCCACUCACCUUCGAUGAUGCUGUGUCCCGUGGUUCUGUACACUACUUUGGGGCUGAGCUGCCCGCCAGCAGCCUCACUGAAGCCAAACCCUUCACUGUGGGGGACAACCAGACCUACAGUGGCUACUGGAACCCACCAUUGGAGCCCAAGAAGGCAUAUCUCAUCUACUUCCAAGCCAUGAGCAACCUCAAAGGGGAAACCCGGCUGAACUGUGUCCGGAUCGCUCGCAAAGCUGCCUGCAAAGAGAGCAAGCGUCCCCUCGAGGUGUCGCAGCACUCGGAGGAGAUGGGCCUGAUCCUGGGGAUCUGUGCUGGAGGGCUCAUCGUUCUGAUUAUCCUCCUGGGAGCCAUCAUCAUCGUCAUUCGGAAAGGGAGGAACUACUAUUCUUAUUCCUAUUACCCAAAACCUGUCAACAUGACCAAAGCGACCAUUAACUACCGUCAUGAGAAGACGCACAUGAUGAGUGCCAUCGACAGGAGCUUCACCGACCAGAGCACGCUGCAGGAGGACGAGCGCCUGGGGCUCUCCUUCAUGGACACCCACAACUACGGCAACCGAGGCGACCAGCGCAGCAGCGUGGUCAAUGAGUCCAGCAGCCUGCUGGGGGGCUCCCCCCGCCGCCAGUGCGGCCGCAAAGGGUCCCCAUAUCACACCGGGCAGCUCCAUCCUGCUGUGCGGGUGGCGGAUCUCCUCCAGCAUAUCAACCAGAUGAAGACGGCAGAAGGCUACGGCUUCAAGCAGGAGUACGAGAGCUUCUUUGAAGGCUGGGAUGCUUCGAAGAAGAAAGACAAGACCAAAGGGAGACAGGAUCAUGUGUCAACAUAUGACCGUCACCGAGUGAAGCUGCACCCACUGCUGGGUGAUCCCAACUCAGAUUACAUCAACGCCAACUACAUCGAUAUUCGGAUUAACCGAGAAGGCUACCACAGGUCCAACCACUUCAUAGCCACACAAGGGCCCAAGCAGGAGAUGGUGUACGACUUCUGGCGCAUGGUGUGGCAGGAGCACUGUUCCAGCAUCGUGAUGAUAACCAAACUGGUGGAGGUGGGCCGGGUGAAAUGCUCCAAAUACUGGCCGGAUGACUCUGAGAUGUAUGGGGACAUCAAGAUCACCCUGGUGAAGUCGGAGACGUUGGCCGAGUAUGCCGUCCGCACCUUCGCUCUCGAGAGGCGGGGCUACUCAGCCCGGCACGAGGUGAAGCAGUUCCAUUUCACGUCGUGGCCUGAGCAUGGCGUCCCCUACCACGCCACGGGGCUGCUGGCCUUCAUCCGCAGGGUGAAGGCAUCCACACCGCCCGAUGCUGGCCCCAUCGUCAUCCACUGCAGUGCUGGCACGGGGAGAACUGGCUGCUACAUCGUCCUGGACGUUAUGUUGGACAUGGCUGAGUGCGAGGGCGUUGUGGACAUCUACAACUGCGUGAAGACCCUGUGCUCGCGGAGGAUCAACAUGAUACAGACGGAGGAGCAGUACAUCUUCAUCCAUGACGCCAUCCUGGAAGCCUGCCUGUGUGGGGAGACCAGCAUCCCUGCCAGCGAGUUCAAGCCCACCUACAAGGAGAUGGUGAGGAUAGAGCCGCAGAGCAACUCCUCGCAGCUGCGGGAGGAGUUCCAGACCCUGAACUCGGUGACUCCCCACCUGGACGUGGAGGAGUGCAGCAUCGCCCUCCUGCCCCGCAAUCGGGAGAGGAACCGCAGCAUGGAUGUCCUGCCGCCCGACCGAUGCCUUCCCUUCCUCAUCUCCGUGGACGGAGACAGCAACAACUACAUCAACGCGGCCUUAACUGAUAGCUACACCAAGAGCGCUGCCUUCAUCGUCACCCUGCACCCGCUGCAGAACACCACCACCGACUUCUGGCGGUUGGUGUACGACUACGGCUGCACCUCCAUCGUCAUGCUCAACCAGCUCAACCAGUCCAACUCUGCCUGGCCCUGUUUGCAGUACUGGCCUGAGCCGGGGCUCCAGCAGUAUGGCCCAAUGGAGGUGGAGUACGUUUCCGGAGCAGCAGAUGAGGACAUCGUGUCCCGUCUCUUCCGAGUCCAGAACAUCACACGGUUACAGGAGGGGCACCUGAUGGUCCGGCAUUUCCAGUACCUGCGGUGGUCAGCAUAUCGAGACACCCCGGACUCCAAGAAGUCCUUCCUGCACCUCCUGGCCCAAGUGGAGAGGUGGCAGAAGGAAAGCGGCGAUGGCAGGACUGUGGUGCACUGCCUGAACGGAGGUGGCCGGAGCGGCACCUUCUGUGCCUCCACCAUGAUCCUGGAGAUGAUCAAAUGUCACAACAUGGCAGAUGUUUUCUAUGCUGCAAAGACCCUACGCAACUACAAGCCAAAUAUGGUAGAGACCUUGGAGCAGUAUCAUUUCUGCUACGACAUAGCACUGGAAUAUCUGGAGUCCUUGGAGACCAGAUAGCACCUCGCCACGAGAGAGGCGGCUAGGGCUUGCGCAGGGGUCGUGCCAACCGUGCAUUUUGCACUUGGACGUUGCAUUAGUGCUGAAGGUGAAGAGGGAAACAGCAAAGGACCCAACGAGAAAACCCAUCAGAUCAAGAAAAAAGAAAGGAUGUCGGGACCUGUUGGCCGCUCCCCAUCUUCAUCCUCCACUCUCCAUCUUUCCUUCCACCCCAAGCGUGUCCGAGCAGCCAUGGGUCGGAUGCCACAACUCGUCCCGUCCCUGCAUCGCUUUGAGUCAUGGUCGUGGGGUCGGUGUGCGCAGGAUGCAGCCCCGCGGUGCUGCCUGGACAUCUCUAAAGCAGCUGGAGAGGAGGCCAGGGAGGGGAGGAGGAGGACAGAAGGAGCCGAGGCAGUUUUCCAGCACGGAAGGGUGGAUAUUUGGAGAAGAGACGUUGCUUUUUUAAUUGUGCGUUGAAUUGAAGCUGUUCUUCCAAGGAGCCCAGACAGCUGCCAGCAGGUUUUGCCCUUGGUGGGGACAUGCUCUGAGCCGGAGCAAAGACCCUGAGAGGAGCUCUUGAGUUUCUGCCCGUUCACACCAUGAGUUUGAUCUUUGCUCUUUUUAGUUCUGUGAGUUGCAACCCUUUGUGUAUCCAGCCCUGGACAGAACGGGGAUGAGGGACGGGAGGUGGGGGGUCAGGGCUCGGCGGCUGCCUGGGCUCACGCUGUGGCACAGGGGGCACUGGGCAGGCGAUGUCCUUCUGCAGGGACUGACCCGGACCCCUCCUGGUGCCUUUGCAAAGCAUUUCAAGCGAUGGUUCCCCUGCAUCUGCACACCAUCCUCUCCAUCUGUAGCAAUUAAUUCCUUCUGGGCUGACCCAAAGGCACCAGCCCACAGGCCCGUUUUUAACUCCUCCCUUGUGAAUUGCUGCACAUGAGACACCUUUGGUGCCCAGAAACAAACCCCUCAAAAUUCGGGUCCAUCCCAUAUGCCUCCUGGAUAGCACCCCCAGGCGGUUGCCCAUCAAUGCUGCUUGGCUUUUGCCAGGGUUGGGGAAGCGGGACGGUCGGUUUUGGUGACGGCAUUGGCGUGGGGUGAGCUGUGCUGAAGCCCUGAGCCAUGGCAAUGCUUCGGGGCUGGGCACGGGGAGGUCCCCGUGCCCCUGGUGCCACCCGGGGACAAGCGUAUAGGGCUGGUGAUUGAAGGUCCCUGAUACUUUUUGGGCUUCAUCCUGCUGCAGGCGGGUGUGAGAUGUCACUUUUUCUGUCUGAUACUGUGAUAAUUACAGGAGUUUCUGCUUACAGCCUAGUUGUAAUAAAGCUGUGGUCAGGGUUUUCUCUCUCUGCAAAUGGCCUCAAGAAGGUGCAACCAGAGGGACACAGGUCAGGGGUCUGCCUCGGAGACUCGAGGAACCGAGGGAAGGUUGCUUCUCUCUUGAGGGCCAGGCAGAACCCUUCACAGUAUUUUUUGGGGGAUGGAGCAAAAUAGAUGAGAAACUGUCCUCCGUAUGCUGGAGGUUGCAUGUGGGCAACCCCAUCCUUCACCCCCCCGCCAUCCUUCAUCCCCCCACCCAUCCUCCAUGCUCCCCCGUCCUUCAGCCCCAUCUCCCCAGAGCUGGGGAUCCAUCUCCCCGGGGAGUUGCAUUCCGAUCCAUACCAUGACUGAAAGCUUUGGAAGGCGCCAUUUGGCUGGAGCAAACUGCAGCACAAAGGCUGUAGAGCUGAAACGGCUGAGCCCUGGAUGAGCAAACCAAGGAGAUAUUUCCAUCCACCUUCCAAGGGGGGAGGAGAGCAACAAGAUAAAUCUCUGCCCUCUCCACUUUGGAGGAUGUCCCACCCGCUGCCUUGCAGACGCCCAGGGGUGGUGAUGGGUAUUUCAGCAGCAUCAGGAAGUUUUGCCCAGACACUUGGCUUUCCCACGUGCUCACCAAAUAAUUCACACGGCCUGACAAUAACUUAUUCCAAGGGCUAUACAACAUUAUUCCCCUUCUUUCCAUCUGUGCUGUGUAACCCUGCCAUGGACCCAUGCUGUCUUGUGACCAAAUAGUCUUUUUACCCCACCAGAUAUUGCAAAAUGGUCCAGUUACACCAGUACCUGGUAACACCAGUACUCGCAUCGCAAGCCUUGACUUGGAAUAAAUUAGUGUCUUUUUCCUAAUCCCCAUCUUUCUGUAGAUGUGUCCGUGCUGUCCUAGGGUGCUGCAGGGAAGGCGCUGUAUGGUGGGUGCAGAGAGGUCCCAGGGUGCAGAAAUUCUUUGGUUUUGUAUGAAAAUGGCUGAGCUGAAUCUCUGAAAUUCCUGGCAAUGGGAUCAUGAUGGCACUGUUUAGCCCCGGACCCUGGGGGCUGGAGGGAUGCUGCUGCUUCAUCCCAGGCCUCCCAGGAGCCUGGGCCACCUGCAUCCUGCUCCAGUCCAGAGAGAGGGAGCAUCCCACAGUGCUUUGCAGGUAAAGUGUUACCAGAAAAGAAAAAAAAAAUUGAAACCCCAUUUAGUCCUAAAGAGACUACAGAGACUGGAGGAGUUGUAUAUAUGUUUUAAAAGCGAGGUUUUUUUUUUUUUUGAUACCUCCUUGCUGGAUGUCUCUGGGUUUUUAGGGCAUCUCUUGUGAAGGGCAGACUUUGAAAUCAAAGUGCUAUACAAAACCAACUGAUCUCCAACUCCUACUGAGAUGCUCAUAUGACAUGAGGCAAGGACAUGUACAUAGAAAUAUAUAUAUAGAAAUAUAUAUAUAAAAAUAUAAAUACUGUUCUUAAGAUGGAUAAUGUUUAUUGGUAUUACAGAUUGGAGUGGUGCUUUUUUUUUUUUUAAUAAAAACAAAACAACAACCAAAAAAAAAAAAAGAAAAAAAUUAAAACCCAGGAAAAAUACCAAAUUGGAACGAUUUUGUCUAUAUGCAGAAAAAGUGAUCCUGAAAGCUGGCAGCAUCCAAGAGCUGCUGCCAAAGGGACUGGUACCGCGAGGCAGCUCCCCUGUGGAAGAGGAUGGUGCGGUGGGACCAAGGGAGGGAUGGCGAAGGAGGGACACAUCUGAUGUGGAUUGUACCACACACACCCAGCUGUCGUUAACUGUUUUUUUAUUAUUAUUUUUGGCUUUCUUUCCUUUUAAGAAAAUCAGUUGCAUAAAUAAAUGUUCCAAAUUUG